AAAGAGGAGCGAGAGAAAGAAAAAAAAAGGGGGAAAAAUCAGGAUCUCAUUACAAGAGCAACAGAGCGUCUGCAGACGCCUGUCAGCAUGGCAAGUCGGGGGCUUUCGCCCGGGUCCUCCUAGACCUUGCCCCGAAGACGGCUCCUGAAGGCUCCCCCGCGUCUGGGCAUGGAGAGUGCAAUCACCCUGUGGCAGUUCCUGUUGCAGUUGCUCUUGGACCACAAACAUGAGCACCUGAUCUGCUGGACGUCCAACGAUGGUGAAUUCAAGCUCCUCAAAGCCGAAGAAGUGGCCAAGCUGUGGGGACUCCGGAAAAACAAAACAAACAUGAACUACGACAAGCUGAGCAGGGCCCUGCGCUACUAUUACGACAAGAACAUCAUCAAGAAGGUGAUCGGGCAGAAGUUCGUGUACAAGUUCGUCUCCUUCCCGGAGAUCCUCAAGAUGGAUCCGCACGCCGUGGAGAUCAGCCGCGACGGCCUCCUGCUGCAGGACAGCGACUGUAAGGGGCCCGUGCACGGCCGCGAGGCCCACAAGCACGGCCUGGCCGCGCUCAAGGGCGCCGGCCGCAACGAGUACAUCCACUCCGGCCUCUACUCCUCCUUCACCAUCAACUCCCUGCAGAACGCGCCCGAGGCCUUCAAGGCCAUCAAGACGGAGAAGCUGGAGGAGCCGCCCGAAGACAGCCCCCCCGUGGAAGAGGUCCGGACUGUGAUCAGGUUUGUGACCAAUAAAACCGACAAGCACAGCACCCGGCCCGUCGUGUCCCUGCCCUCGACGUCCGAGGCUGCGGCCGCCUCCGCCUUCCUGGCCUCGUCUGUCUCCGCCAAGAUCUCCUCUCUGAUGCUGCCCAAUGCCGCCAGCGUUUCGUCCACCUCGCCCUCCUCCUCGUCUCGGUCCCCCUCCCUGUCCCCCAAUUCGCCCCUCCCUUCUGAACACAGAAGCCUCUUCCUGGAGGCGGCCUGCCAUGACUCGGAUUCCCUGGAGCCCUUGAACCUGUCGUCGGGCUCCAAGACCAAGUCUCCGUCUCUUCCCCCAAAGGCCAAAAAGCCCAAAGGCUUGGAGAUCUCCGCGCCCCCGCUGGUGCUUUCUGGCAGCGACAUCGGCUCCAUUGCCCUCAACAGCCCAGCGCUCCCGUCGGGAUCCCUCACCCCAGCCUUCUUCACCGCACAGACACCAAAUGGAUUGCUUCUGACCCCAAGUCCACUGCUGUCCAGCAUACAUUUCUGGAGCAGCCUUAGUCCAGUUGCUCCAUUGAGUCCUGCCCGGCUACAGGGGCCAAACACGCUGUUCCAGCAACAACUUCUUUCACAUAUGCUAUCAAUGUGUUGGAGAGAAGAACGAAGCAGACUUGGCCUAUAACAGCUGUUGAGUGAUGUUGGCCAGUUUCCUGUUGUGAUCAUUGGAAAGUUCCCCACACUGCUUAACGGCCACAUGCCAGUGCCAAUCCCCAGUCUGGACAGAGCUGCUUCUCCAGUACUGCUUUCUUCCAACUCCCAGAAAUCCUGAUGACAUCUGGCCAAAAUUAAAGACUCAUUAACAGAUGAAACAGAUCUGUCCCAUGGGCUAGUUUACCUGUGUCGUAAGAAGGACAUCGUGAAACCCCCUGUUAAUUUGGUUUGCACUUUUCAUAACAUGGAUAGUCUAGAUUUAUGUUAGCAUUUUAAAAACUGUUUUUAUAUAUAUUCAAAUAUAUAUGAAAAUCUGUUUUGCAUUAAGUGAAUUUUAAUGUCUGUUUUUAUAUCCUCGUAGCUCUUAAGUGUUGAACACUGUUGACAGUGAAGAACUUUUCUUAAUGGUUUUCAGUAGAACUAAUAAGGAUGUGAAGCUUUUUCCUUAAUUCUGCAUAUGCUGAACUGUGCUUAUAACACCCUAUAACCAGCUGUGCCUUCCUUUGCAUUUAGUUUAUGUAAAUGAUUUAUAUAUUUUUUAGUAUUAAGAAAAAUGAAAGACAAAAAUUAGUAACAAACAGCUCUCUAGUAGAAUUUCACUGUUUUUCACAAAUAAGCAAUGUGAAAGCAUAAUCAUAUCACUUUUUUGCUUUCAAUUGUUAAGAAUUGCCUUAGAACAUUUUUGAACUGAAACUCAAUGUAGUGUCCAAGUAACAUUUUUAUAUGAAUAAACCAAGCCAUAUUUAGACAAUAAAAAUUCGUAAGAGAAAAUGCUCUAAAGUACAUUUUUAAAGAAAUGAACUUAGAUGCCUCUGAAACAAAAAUCAGAAGAGUUACAUCAAAUUCACAUUAUCUUGAGCCCCUAGGGUAUUUCCUGUUAGCAUAUUCUUAUUUUAAAAACAAGCCCUGGUUCUCUCCAUUUUCCACAGAGUCACAUCAUCUGAUAUAUUUACUGUGUUAGAGCUCCCAGACUACAGAUGACUCCAAACAACAGUUUUGCUACAUCAUGUGUUGUCACGAUCUUCAUGGGUCAGUAACCUCCUUACAACAAACCAAACUGGAAGUACUGCAGCUCUGACUUGUGGAAAUUCAGAGGGAGGAUACACUACUUAAAGAAUUGCUAAAUUUAUGCUGAGAGUAAAGGAAAUCUAAAAAAUAUUCUGAAGGAACUUAUUGUGGAACUGAACUGAUAACAGUCUGGAAUACUGUAAUAAAUUCUUUUGUGUGCUGUGGUUUACAGCAGUGUUAAUUUUUUUGUUCCUUCAGAAAAUCAGCAGGCAUUGCACCUGUAUAGAAGUAGCAAAGUUAAUUGUAACCAUUAACUACAAGUAAUAGGGAUCAGUUUGAAAUGAACCAAAUAACUGAUGCAAGCCAGGUGUUAAAUUACAGGGAUUAUUAGAAAGAUUAGAGAAAACACAUGCCUCCUUGAUUAUGGAGUAAUAGGAGUGCAUCCAAAAUCCACACAGACAAUACUGUCACCCCCUUACAGGCUAAAGAUGAUUCUGUAGUAAUACAAUAAAGGGAGGUGGUUCAGGGAACUGGUAGUUACAGUAGAAUGCAGGAUGUUCAGAGUUAGGAGGGGCCUUCAAGAAUGCCUCCCACCAGUUUCCAGGUCAGGACAGGUGCACGGGAGAAGCUGGGGGUUGCCUGAAGCCACAAAGCUCUGAAGACAGAACACUGAGUGUGUUCAGUCUGAUUGUCCCCAGUGCCUUGCUAUAAGUAAUCAUUGGCCCAAACUAUGUUAGGUAAGAAAAAGAUAAAUUGUUUCGCGAGGUAAGAUUAGUCUAAAAUGCAAGAAUCUUAUAAAAUUAAUGUGCAAAAUAUAUAUAUAUAUAUACACGUUUAGAAUUUUUAAGAUGUAAAAGCUGACUGGAAAUUUGGUCCAAAGGAAUAUAAAUUGAUUUUAUUCGAAUACUGUGAUGAACACGUACUCUAUUAUAGAUGGAAAAAAUACAAUUUUUGGUGGGUCAGGAUACUCACUGUAGCAGACAAGGUAUUGAAGUGUAACUCUUAAGCUCUGCCUCAUUCUGUGCGUGUGCAUGUGUGUGUGUGUUUUAAAUAUGUAUUUUAGCCAGAAAAUAGAUUUCAAAGAACAUUAGAUACCCCACUCCCUUUUAUAUGUCUGCUUGAUCAAUGUUAAACUACUGUGGCUUAAGUUUUCUGGAACCACAAGUAUAUAACCUGAACAUUGGUCUCUUUGUACACAUCUUUUCUAUGACUUGAAAUCUUCAUUCACUUUCAUACAUGUAUCAUUUUUAUUGUUAUACUAUUUUUGUUCAAUAAAUACUUUGUGAUAAAAGAUGUUUAGAGGCAAA